AUGCCUCGUCCUGCUCCCAAACGAAGUCGCACGGUGGGAAAGAGUCAGCCUAAAACCACCGCAAUAGAAGACUCAACACAAGUUGACCUCAAUGUCGCCAAAUCGCCUGCGCAGCCGGAGCGCGGCUCAGCCUUGGAUCCGAGACAAGCACUACGCAGUCAGACACCCUUGACCAAAAGUCAUGAACAAGCAAUUGAAUCUUCACCCAUGGGAGACCGGCCGGGCACCGGCAGUCGACCUGGAACCGGCAGUCGUCCCCCUACAAGAUCGCGCGGUUAUUCUUCUACACUAUCAUUCGCUGGACGCAAAGGCGACUCAAGCUCCCGGGUUCCUGGAACGCCUGGAUUCGAUAAUUCAGUUCUGAGCAACUUCAGGCGGCGACCGCGACAGCAAAGCAUUCUGCAAAUGAUGCAAGCCGACGAUGGCUCUUCCGAUCUUGAUGAUGAUGACUUCCUUGGUGGACUUAGCCCCAAUGAUGAAUCGACACCACUAAAUCUGUCUCGGGGAAAGUCACUACUUAUCAAGCCAACGGAGAAGUCAUCAUCCCCGUUACCUUCCGAAUCACCGCUCUCGUCCGGUGGGUCGCGCAAGCGAAGGCGCACGACCCAAGAGAUUCAAGUACCACAGUCGCCUGUGGAUAUGGUAGAAGAUACUCCAACUGCGACACCGAUUCAACGCGACGAUUCUCGACAUGACAUUGGAAACCAACUUUCUGGAGAUGAGGAGGUCAGAUCCGAAGACGAGGAACUUGGUGAUCAGGAUGUUGAGAUUGAAAGAGUCGAAGCGACGCCGCAAUCCCACCUAUUUCCAGAAAUAUUGAGCCAGACUAUGUUACCACCGGCCAGCAGUCCUGCUGGCUCCGCUACACAUGGCGAUUCCACACCGCGGCCUCUUCAGAAGAAAAAGGACAAAGCCCCGAGUCAUCUAUCGACAGCAAACCUGCAAGACAAGCUUUUACCACGUCGUCGGCGUAGACUCCACGCCACCAACGGUUACAGUGACGAAAGUGAUGAUCAGCAUGAUGCCGCAUCUGGUGACGAGGACGAGCUAAACUACCCAUUACAAAGAUCAUCCGGUCGACGGGCGGGGAAAAGCAAACCCAAGCCAUUAGCCAACGCCCGAAAUCCGAAGCAGAAGAAGAUUCAAGAGAAAAAAAUAAGGAUCAACCAGCACCAAAAGAACCAGCUACCGAGUGGCGUCGACAAAGAAAAUGAAACGCUUCUGUCAUCGCCAUCCUCUUCUCCAUUGUCAUCACCACCUGAGUCCGAUGUCUCUGAUUCCGAAUCUAUGGAAACCGAGGCCACUCGUUGCGUGAGCGAUGAGUUGCGCGCGGCGGUCAAAAAGUUUGCGGAAGUGGACCAAUGGGAGAUGGAAUUUGAAGAUGUUUCUGCUUCAGAGAGCUAG